ACCCUUCAGCAGGACGGUACCAAACACAAGGAACAAACAAAAGAUGUCAACAUCCAGCAAGUCCGGGGGGCGCACACCACUCGGAAACAUAACCAACACUACUGGGUUGGCAAUAGCAAUGUUGAUCCACCAAAGACAUCCAGUUCACUGACACCCCUUGCAGAUCCUAAAGAAAGUAAGAGGCAACAGGACAGGGAACGGUAUGCGCUGAAAAGGGAUGAAAUUCUAAAGAAGCAACGUGAAGCAUAUCAUUAUAAGAAAGCACAAGCCCAUUUGAAAGAUGCCGAACAGCAUCAAACUCAGACAGCAAAGAACUCUAUUCAAUUUCCAGAAAAUACCUCUUUAACCCCUCAAACUACCAACGUCAAGGCGCCAACAACACGUCCACCAAUUAGCGAUGAUGGUGAUGAUGAUGGCGUCGUAUUCGAUGAGGACUUUGAAGAGGAGGAGGGCUACAUGUUCGCUGGUCAAGACGGGGAUACCGAUGAUGAGGAUAUCGAAUUCGAUGAAGCUAAAGAUGCCUCAGCUACUACCUCUAGCAUACCCGAUCCAUAUGACCACGUGUAUGACAAUAUACCCCAAGCCACGCACAUGUUGAAGCCUGUUGAAAACUGCAAGCAUUGCAACGCGAAGAAGUUCGAGCAUGAGACAAAUGGGUUCUGCUGCCGUAAUGGAAAGAUUAAACUAUGUACCCCAGAAACACCACCUGAGCUCAUGAGGCUCUGGUUGAGUUCAGACGCUGAUGCUAGGCACUACCGUGAAAGCAUUAGGUUUUUCAAUGGUCAUUUCUCAUUCACUUCACUAUACUGUAACCUUGACGGUGAGACCACUGACAUGAGAAAAAGUGGUAUUUACACGUUUCGUGCCCACGGCCAAAUGUACCACAACAUACGGUCGUUUGGUAUAGACGAGACCGAACCCAAGCACUUGGAGCUUUACUUCUACGAUGAUGAUCCCAGUCUAGAGCACCGGUAUCGCCGUUGCCGCGAAGAGCAGUACCAGCAAGACAAGGAACUUAUCAGAAAGCUGGUUGACAUACUUCGUGACAACCCGUACUCUGAACAACUCAGGAGUAUGGGACAGGUUGAGGACCUUGAUGACUACCGUGUGACACUGAACUUUGAUCAUAGGUUGGACCAGAGAACAUAUAACAUGCCAGCCACUUCGGAGGUGGCCGCUGUUUGGGUUGAGGGGAGCGAACGCUGAAGGCACUUUGAGAAUAGCGUUAUCCUGCAAGGGAAGAACAAGCAAAUAUAUGGCAUCCGAUCGUAUCAUGGAUGCUAUGAUGCUCUGUCAUACCCUCUCUUUUUCCCUAGAGGCGAACUCGGCUGGCAUCCCGAUAUCCCAAAGGUCGGUGUGUCCAUCAAUGCGGUUACCGCGGCUCGUGCGGCUCGUAUGGCUCGUGGUAAUAAUCAUGAGGACCCAGGUUAGUGUUCUCAAAAGAUGAUGUUUGCACCGUCAAUUCUUGGCAUAGUACUCGUUGAUGUCCAACACUAACUUUGAAUGUCAUAUGCUCUGUGCAGAUUUUAAUGGUAGGCUAUGCGUGUCUGUGCGGGAUUACUAUUGCUACAAAUUCUAGAUACGGCCAGGGAUAUUCAACCCAAUACUGUUUGGCAAGUGUCUUUUUCAGCAGUUCGCGGUCGACACAUACAUCAAGAUCGAAAGCUCGCGGCUGGACUACAUAUGGGCUCAUCAGAAGGAGUUAAGGGCGGACCUGUACCAAGGCUUGGUGGACAGCGUGCAUGCCGGGGAGGGUAGAGCGGACGUAGUUGGAAAAUGGACCGUGCU